CGUGCUAGCCUUUGACUCCCUUGGGUGUGAAUGAGCCGUGGGUGCGCAUGGGAUACGGUGGGAGCCAGAAGGAGGAGGUGGAUGCCCCACCACGGCCACCAGCAGCUUUUAUCAUCGGUCGUCGCAAGUCUUGCUCAACUUCACUUCUCCUCCAAAUCCUCCCGUCCCACUCCUCGCCCGCGCCUCCGUCCUGGAACGUCUCCCCGUCUCCGGCAUCGACUUCUAUCCGAUGGCUCCUCCAUCUCCCCUCGGCGAGCAUUCCUCCGCGGAGGGCGUCUCUGCUCCCGAGCCUUCCCAAAAGCCUGCAGAUUCGUCCAACACCAAACACAAGAUGAACGAUGACGAUGCUGGCGUGCGUUUCUCCGCCACCGUCGAGAUAACCCCCGCCGUCUCCGCCGCAACCAUUGUCAAUGAACCGUCAACCGACCCGGCCGAGCGGGACGAGUCGAGCUCCUUCACUGAGGUCGCCGCCGACCAGCUGCAGGCCUUCACCAAGUCGCUCCAUGGCCGUUCCCUUCAAGAGCUGCGGAUGAAUACUUGCCAUUUUGAAGCUUUCUCGCUUCCACCCUCCAGAGUCCCAUCUCAUGAAGACGAGUCCGGCCCUUCCACCAGGUUAACAACUCCCACCUCCGCACACUUCCAAUCCCCUCACGGCAGCCCGAGACUCUCCGCGUUGGCGUCUCCCCCUCUCACUCCGGCUGGAUCCAGCCAACCCGGCAUCGACAAGGUCGCCAAGGACGGCACAAGUGUACCGACCGUUCAUGAACCACCGACAAUUACCCCUCAACCGUCGUCAUCUCAAGAUAGGCCCUCGCCAGCUCCCGAGAGGAGACCCACUGGCCAGCGAACCACUUCAGAUCAUUCUAUCCGAAGAGCUUCAUCGGCUGAGGAGAGAAAUAAGUCGUCGCAUCGACGAGGAAUGUUUGGUGUGGGACCUGGCUCCGUGCCUGCUUCCCGAGACUCAAGCCCCUCCCGGAGCUCUGCGUCGAAUUUCUAUUCCAAGCCCGUAACCCCUGGCGGUGAUCUCAAUGAUCCAUAUGCCAAAGGACGCCGUCCGCCGCCACCACAGGCUGCCACCAAACACUCAAUCGACCCUCGAUUUGUUUUUUCUAGAAAGAAGAAGCACAGCUCCCCGCAUACAUCGAAAGCAAGCUUGUCUGACAAGCGUGGAUCUACUUUCUUUGGCAGCGUAAAGGGCAGCACCGAUGAUCUCACACACGGUGAUAGCACCGCCAGUCACGGUCACCCUGGCCCACAUGGAUCCAUGGCGGACCUGAAGCGCUUCUUCAGGAAGCCAGGACACAGCCACCACAGCAAGAAGAGGGACUCGUCACCAGCACCGACCGUGUCAGGAACGAAAACACCACCAAGUUCUCGAUCCACUCAGCAGUUACCUUUUGGAGAUGACCAUGGCCUCUCCUCGCGGUAUGGCAAAUUGGGAAAAUUCUUGGGAUCUGGAGCGGGUGGCUCGGUUAGGCUUAUGAAGCGCAAAGAUGACGGAACCGUGUUUGCUGUCAAGGAAUUCCGUGCCAGACACACGUACGAAACCGAGAAGGAGUAUAACAAGAAGGUCACGGCUGAGUUUUGUGUCGGGUCUACCCUCCACCACGGCAACAUCAUCGAGACAUUGGAUAUCCUGCAAGAGAAAGGCCGUUGGUACGAAGUCAUGGAGUAUGCGCCAUUCGAUCUCUUUGCCAUUGUCAUGACAGGGAAGAUGUCGCGGGAGGAGAUAACGUGCGCUUUCCUGCAGAUUCUGAACGGAGUGACGUACCUGCACAGCGUGGGUCUUGCUCAUCGCGACCUGAAAUUGGACAACGUCGUCGUGAGCGGUAAGGGCAUCAUGAAGAUUAUCGAUUUCGGUAGUGCCCACGUCUUCAAGUAUCCUUUUGAGACCGAGACGGUCCCCGCCAAAGGCAUUGUUGGAUCUGACCCCUACCUCGCCCCGGAAGUUUACGAUUCUAAGGAAUACGACGCUGUGGCGGUGGACAUCUGGUCUCUCGCCAUCAUCUUCUGCUGCAUGACGCUCCGCCGAUUCCCCUGGAAGCUCCCCCGUAUGACGGAUAACUCUUUUAAGCUAUUCGCUGCCGACCCGACCCCGGGACACGACCCCAAGAAGCUGAUCAUGCCGUCCAAGUCGACUAAUGACUUGACCACCACACCGGCACGGGAUUUUAUCCCAGAGGAUAUUGGAAAGGACAAGCACCACCACCACGAGAAGCACGAUCGUAAGGAAGAGGGAACCGCCAACCAGCCAGCUCCUGCAAGCGCCCCGCAACCCGCCGGAACAACAAGUAGUGGGACGACCGAGAAGAAGGAAACCAUCAAGGGUCCAUGGCGUAUUCUGCGGCUGCUCCCCAGGGAGAGCAGACACAUCGUCAGCCGGAUGCUUGAGAUCGACCCCAAAACUCGAGUUCGAAUGGACGAAAUCCUGCAAGAGCCGUGGGUUGCAGACACGGUAAUUUGCCAGCAGUUUGACCACGGCGAGGUCAUCCCAGCUGAGGACCACACGCACACUCUUGAGCCGCCAGCCAAUCAGCAGCCAGGACACAAGGCAUAGUGGCCUAGAAGGAGAUGAGACUCAACAGGGACAGGAGAGAUUCGCAGCGGGCAUUUUCAUAGGAAUCUGGCGUUUGGAGAAGGAUUGCUGGGUAGCCAACAAAUUGGGGUUAUGGAUGGAAGCGGAUUCGUACAUUGACGUUCAUGACAUAGCUUGGUAGCAGCGCACGAUCACAGAUAGAUGUUGGAACAGCAAUUGGGGGCAAGGAAGCGGUGUCAGCCGGUCGGUAAUAGGAUGAUUAGUAUAUUUGACACCAGCGUUAGAAGAUAGUCACCAAUCCUAGUAACAGAGAAGCGAUUUCGAAUGCAAA